CGGGCGUCAUUUCCGCGGCCUAACCAAGCGUCUGUUGUGACUUGCCUGCAAAGACUGGCUGCAGCCUCUGGUUGACUUCCGUCGGUCAAGCCUGGCAGUGAUGCUUGGCUGCGGCUCCAAGCAGACCCAUCUUUCGGGCCGUCAGUGCAUGCAUGGAUUGAAGCCACCUUGACGGACAGUCCACCACUCACCAGCACCACAGCAACCACGCCAGCAUAGACCCUGCACUGCAAGAUAGUCUGGAACAAUCGACAUCUCUCCGAUCUGCCAACUUUCAGGAAGAGUCAUUCUAUCGACCACCAACAUGGCAGACCAGCUACUCGAGCAAGUGCGCGACGCCGUCGAGGGCCAGAUUGACUUUGAGGGCCAACGCCUAGCUGAGAUGCUCACCACAGUACUGCUUGGUGCAGCUGGUAUCGUCGCCUUCCUCGUGGGCUUCAUGCAGCAGGACAUCAGGCUGGCGCUCUACAUUGGCCUUGCCGGCACCGCCCUCACCUUCGCUGUCGUCGUUCCACCCUGGCCUUUCUACAACAAGAAUCCUGAGGACUGGCUGGCAUCGCACAACGCCACGUCUACAUCAGCGAUCAGUAUCGAUGUUGAUGGACAGAAGGUGGGCUAGGGAACGAGGUGAUAGUUGGGAGGAUAGCACAUAUCGUCACAUAUGGAACAGGGGCUAUGUGAACCCAAUGGAAACUUCAUUCGACGAUGGAGACCGUCUAUGCUGCUAUUCUUGCUGCCGUGCUCUCAUGACCAUUUUAAGAAGCCUUUGCUGCGCCAAACGUCCGAAAUGAAAUCCCAACCCAUGCCUCUGUGAAGCUGCCGAACGCGUCUAUCGACCGUACUUCUGGAACUCCCAGUCGCGGUUGUCGAGCGGGCACACUUGUCGCGUCUUGAGCC